AUGGGGAAAAGAAAGCAUAAAGAACUCACUUUAAAAACAAAAUAUGAAGCUCUCCGUGACUUGGAGGAUGGUAUGUCCAAUAAAGACGCAUCCAUCAAGUACUCCGUUCCAAGCAGCACCUUGUCAACAUGGAAGAACAAUAAAGAGAAGAUAUUCCUUGCUUUCAAAAACUCACUAAAACGCCAGAGAGUUAAGACUGACAAGUACGAAAAAUUGAAUCAAUCGUUGUUGACUUGGUUUACCUCAAUGCGUGGUAACAACAUCCCAAUUAAUGGACCAAUUUUAAUCGAGAAAGCUCGUGAAUUUGCCACAGCAUUCAACUAUGAAGAUUUUUCAGCAUCGAACGGAUGGUUGAGAGGCUGGAGGGAGAGAUAUGGAAUCACAUUCAAAGAAUUAUCUGGGGAGUCCGCAAAAGUAACAAGUAAGAUGACAGCACCUUGGGAAGAAACUACCCUACCAACUAUAUUGGCCAGAUAUGAAUUAAAAGACAUCUUCAAUGCCGAUGAAUUCGGCCUAUUCUACCAAGCGCUACCAUCAAAGUCUUAUCACUUCAAAGGAAAACGCUGUUCCGGCGGAAAGCACAGCAAAGUGCGCCUAACAGGAAUGGCUGCAUCCAAUGCUUUGGGCGAAAGGCUUCCAAUAGAAUUAGAUCGUAAAUUCGAGCCACAAGGAAGGAAGAUUGUUUUAACAGUCGACAACUGUCCCGCACACCCAAACUUCACAGAGUUAAAGGCUGUAAAUCUACAAUUCCUGCCACCUAACACCACUUCUUGUACCCAACCUAUGGAUCAAGGAGUUAUCAGCCAUUCCAGUGUUGUCAAAGAAAAAAGUUUGUUUGGUAACACUAGAAUGUCUUCCAAUUACUCUCUACCAAAACAAAACCAAAUCAAAAAUUUUUUUUGGCAUACUAAACUUAAGUAA